CCUUUCCCCUUUCUCAGUCUCUCCCCUCUCAGCCCCGCCCUUCUCCUCUGGGGCUGGGCUCGCAGUCUCAGGCGCUGUCUGCCGCUGCCCUGGGUCUCCUCCUCGUGCGGCCCCAAAGUUCCGGCCUUGGUGCUGAGGGGGAAGGUUUAGACUGACGGACGCGGUGGCCGGCGAUGGGCGCGGGCAUUUUCUCAUUUAUAGCUGUUUGUACAAUUGUCUGUUGGAAAUACAAAUAUUUUCAUCAUGCCGACUGUGGUGGUGAUGGAUGUUUCACUCUCUAUGACUCGACCUGUCUCUAUCGAGGGAUCAGAAGAAUAUCAACGAAAGCACCUAGCUGCCCACGGUUUAACCAUGUUAUUUGAGCACAUGGCCACCAAUUACAAGCUUGAGUUUACAGCCUUGGUGGUUUUUUCUUCACUUUGGGAGUUGAUGGUUCCUUUUACAAGAGAUUAUAACACUCUUCAGGAAGCAUUGAGUAAUAUGGAUGAUUAUGAUAAAACAUGUUUAGAGUCAGCAUUACUUGGUGUUUGCAAUAUUGUUCAACAAGAAUGGGGUGGCUCCAUUCCUUGCCAGGUUGUUCUAGUAACCGAUGGAUGUCUAGGCAUUGGGAGAGGUUCACUGCGCCACUCGCUAGCGACUCACAAUCAACGAAGUGACAGUAACAGAUUUCCUCUGCCUUUCCCUUUUCCAUCUAAGUUAUACAUCAUGUGCAUGGCAAACUUGGAAGAGCUCCAGAGUUCAGAUUCCCUAGAUUGUCUUGAACAACUCAUAGACUUAAACAAUGGUGAAGGACAGAUUUUUACCAUUGAUGGCCCCCUGUGCUUGAAGAAUGUACAGUCUAUGUUUGGGAAAUUGAUAGACCUGGCAUAUACACCUUUCCAUGCUGUUCUCAAAUGUGGUCACUUAACAUCUGAUGUGCAAGUCUUCCCUAGACCAGAACCUUUUAUUAUAGAUGAAGAAAUUGAUCCUAUUCCUAAAGUAAUAAAUACAGAUCUGGAAAUAGUGGGUUUUAUAGAUAUAGCUGAUAUUUCAAGCCCCCCAGUUCUGUCUAGGCAUCUGGUCCUGCCCAUUGCUCUUAACAAAGAAGGUGAUGAGGUAGGGACAGGCAUCACUGAUGACAAUGAAGAUGAAAAUUCAGCUAAUCAGAUUGCUGGUAAAAUACCCAACUUUUGUGUCCUGCUCCAUGGCAGCCUGAAAGUAGAAGGAAUGGUGGCAAUUGUUCAGUUAGGGCCUGAAUGGCAUGGAAUGUUGUAUUCUCAAGCUGACAGCAAGAAGAAAUCAAAUCUCAUGAUGUCUCUCUUUGAGCCGGGCCCAGAACCUCUUCCUUGGUUGGGGAAAAUGGCACAACUGGGACCUAUUUCAGAUGCCAAAGAAAAUCCUUAUGGUGAAGAUGACAACAAGAGUCCUUUCCCCUUGCAACCUAAGAACAAGCGCAGCUAUGCCCAGAAUGUGACUGUGUGGAUUAAGCCAAGUGGCUUACAGACAGAUGUACAAAAGAUUUUAAGAAAUGCAAGAAAACUGCCUGAAAAAACACAAACAUUCUAUAAGGAGCUAAACCGUUUACGAAAGGCUGCCCUGGCAUUUGGCUUCCUGGAUCUCUUGAAGGGAGUUGCUGACAUGCUAGAAAGGGAGUGCACCCUUCUCCCUGACACAGCCCACCCUGACGCUGCAUUCCAGCUAUCCCAUGCUGCCAGGCAACUCAAACUGGCCAGUACCGGUACCUCUGAUUAUGCAGCUUAUGAUCACAAUAUCACUCCCCUUCAGACAGACUUUUCUGGAAGCAGCACUGAAAGAAUAUGAAGCUGGCUUGUUUGGGGAACAUUUCCUUUUAAAAAAAAAGGGGGGGGGGAGAGAGACUUCCAAAGUGGGAAGACAAGUCAAGAGAUGAAACCCUUUCCAGGCUGUGGGCUAGCCUCUGGAAUACUACAAAGGACCCUACCCUGACACUGCCUCAGAAAAACCACUUGUAUUGGAAUUGCUAAGCUGACUAAAGAUUCUCCAAAAAAAAUUCUUAGAAGCAGUUAAUACCUUAGCUUUCAUAGUGGGGAGAAGUGGGUGUCAAAGGCUCUGGUUUCUUGAAGGACAGUGUUUGUUUCUGCUAUGCAAACUUCCUAGGCAGCUUUGGCUGGGAGUGGAGCUCCCUGUAUCCGUGAACAGCUGUACGGAAACUCACCAGUAGGAGCUCUCUCUCCCUGUCUUACAGAAAAUGUUUGCUCUCCUGUUUUAAAAGCCAACCAGCGGGGGGCAGCUAGGUGGCACAGUGGAUAAAGCACUGGCCUUGGAUUCAGGAGGACCUGAGUUCAAAUGUGGCCUCAGACACUUGAUACUUAACUAACUGUGUGACCCUGGGUAAGUCACUUAAUCCUCAUUGCCCUGCAAAAAAAAAAAAAAGCCAACUAGCGAAAGGACAGGAGUUUUUCUCUAACAUCUGCACUUGGAAUGAACAACUCAGGCAGCCAAGAGAUUGCCCAUGUUAGACCUUAAGCAAACUGGUGAUAUUGAUGAUGCUGUUUAUUUUAAGAUGCAGUUUUAAACAAUGACCAGAUAUCUAAUACAUAUAAAAUCGAUUGGGGCUUUUUUUUUUAAGUUUUACAGUAAAUGAACAAUAAAAUGUUUGAUUUUACAAAAUGGUGACUGAUA